AUGGAGAGCGCAAACACCAUGGAACAAAUCCUCUUCGUCCCAGAGUUAUUGGAGCUGAUCCUCUUGCAUCUCGACUCGAAAACUCUAUUAGUCUCUGCAUCUCGCGUAUGCCAUCACUGGGCCGCGACGAUGGCGGAAUCGCCCAGAAUCCAGCAAGCGCUGUUCUUUCAACCUGUGCCUUCAACAGCAGCGGAAAGGCCCGAGGCUUUUACGCUCAACCCAUUGCUGGUAGAGAAGUUUGGGAGGUGCUUCUUUGAUAUCGAUCGCAAGUAUACGUAUCUACGAAGAGCAGAUUCCUUCUUUCGGUUACCUUGGGCCCCCGAGGGUGCGACUGCAGAACAAGGUCCAGCGAGGAGCCUGUCUGUUUUGGAAAAGACACCGCGUCUUGAGAACUUCACCUCGAGCAGCUCUAGUUGGCGGCGGAUGCUUGUUUCUCAACCGCCGCCACCGUCGUUGGGAUACUUGAAGCUCGACACUGUGGAUAUCUGGUUUCACGAAGUACACACUACUAUUAUCGAGCCACGCUCUCCUUCACGAGGUGUCAGCAUGGGCCAGUUAUACGACAUGGUGCACAGCACGACAUGCCAGUCGGAGAACUACGCCACCUGGUACCGGAUCAGCUGGGACAAGCCGCGCGGGUCUCACCAGACGGAGCGGUGCCGGGAUGAGUGCGAGCAGUUGCUGCGCAAGACGAGCGUGGUGGUUGAGUUCUACAGCAAAGACGCGGGGGACUGGGACUGCGGACCGUGGGAUAUAAGCAGCGUGCGGGAGGCGUUUAGGUGUGGUAAUUGCUGCGGUGACAAGGUAGAGAACCUGGUAGAGGCUGAGCUGGCGGAGUUUGAGCCGCUGGGGCUGGAUGUGUUGACGUCGAUUUGGUGGCAUAAUGAGGAGGAUAUUUCAGCUGUUGAUGUGGAGGGCUAUGGGUAUGGUAAAUGGCCUCGAGAGUAUCAGGUCUGA